CUUGGUAUGUGCCAUGUCUAGCUUCACUUGAGACCCUCCAAGAAUUAUGUAGGAAGGAAAAUCUCAGCUGUAAAUCCAUUGGAAUCACCAACAGGAAUCUAAAGAGUUAUGAGGUGGAAUAUUUGUGUGACUACAAGGUAGACGAGGGUACAGAAUACUAUCUUGUGAAAUGGAAAGGAUGGCCAGAAUCUUCAAAUACUUGGGAACCUCAGAAAAAUCUGAAAUGCCCAUUGCUUCUUCAGAACUUUCUUAGUGACAAGAAUGAAUAUUUGUCUCGGAUGAGAGAAGGCAAAGCACUGAAAGUGAGAAACCAUGUUAAAGCUUUGAAACCUGCAGUUGCAGAUUACAUUGUAAAGAAGGCUAAGCAAAGAAUAGCUCUGCAGAGAUGGAAAGAAGAACUCAACAGGAAAAAGAAUCAUAAAGCAAUGAUUCUGGUAGAAAACACUGUGGAUCUUGAAGGCCCUCCUUUAGACUUCUACUACAUUAAUGAGUAUAAACCUGCUCCAGGAAUAAAUGUAAUAAAUGGAAUAACGACUGGCUGUGAAUGCACUGACUGUCCUGCUGAGAAGUGCUGUCCAAAGGAGGCUGGAUUUAUUUUGGCUUACAAUAAACGAAAGAAGUUGAAAAUCCAGCCUGGCUUGCCCAUCUAUGAAUGCAAUUCGUUUUGUAGGUGUGGGCCUGACUGCCCUAAUAGGAUAGUACAGAAAGGUACGCCGUAUUCUCUUUGCAUCUUCAGAACUAACAAUGGCCGUGGUUGGGGAGUAAAAACCCUCCAGAAAAUUAAAACCAACAGUUUUGUGAUGGAGUAUGUUGGAGAGGUGAUUACAAGUGAGGAAGCAGAGAGACGAGGCCAGCUCUAUGACAACCAGGGAAAUACAUACUUGUUUGAUUUGGACUAUGACUCAGAUGAAUUUACAGUAGAUGCAGCUCGAUAUGGAAAUGUGUCCCACUUUGUGAAUCACAGUUGUGAUCCAAAUCUUCAGGUCUUCAAUGUGUUUAUUGAUAACCUCGACUUGCGUCUUCCUCGAAUAGCGCUGUUUUCUACACGAACCAUCAAGGCCGGAGAAGAGCUAACCUUUGACUAUCAGAUGAAAGGUUCCAUAGAUCUGACUGCAGACUCUGCUGAUGGUCUCAGCCCUUCCAAAAAGAGGAUCAGAACUGUCUGUAAAUGUGGAGCUGUGUGUUGCAGAGGUUAUCUCAACUGAGUUCGGGUAUCCAGAGUCACAAAUAGUUUGUUCUCUUUUAAAUGUGUUUUAAGAAGACUCUUCUUUCACACAUCUAUUCAAGUAUUCUUACAUCUAAUGUAAAUAAGUACAGUGCAAACAAG